CAUCCAGGCCCAACCCACCUGCCGAGGCUAUAGAUGCUGGCGUUUUGGUGGUCCACCUCUCCACACCGAGGACGUCUGACUGCUGAACAAGUCCUAAGACUGACCGCCUGCAGGGAGAGACGCUUAGUGAAGUUGUCCAGCUCCUGGUCGCUCCUCGUCCUUUAAACGUUGCCUUCAUUGUCCUCAUCCUCGUCUCCUGGAAGCUGAAGUCCUGAGAGGUCAUGGCGAGCAUCGCUCUUCUCCUGCGAGUCCUCCUCCUGCUGCUCGGAGCGUCGGUUCUCUUCAGCGGCGUCCCUGCACAGAGGAUCAGAGUUCGGCGUCAGAACAUGAAGGUUCGGAUCAACGCCACCGGCGACACCAUCGUGAUGAAGUUUGUGCGUCCGAGUCCUGACGUGAAGCUGGAGGGUUAUAUUCUGGGAUACGGCAGCAGCAUGUUCUCCAAACAGUUCAUCCAGCUGCCAGAGAAUGGACAGCCCUACGAGACGGAGAUGGACGCAGAGCCCAAGUACCUGGUGGCUGUGCAGCCAAUCCCUGUCAACGAUGUGAAGAAACACUGCACAGGUAAGGUGAACCUGGAGAGGCCGCUCCACCUGGUAAUUGGCUCCAUCAGCCCGACGGCAGUGCUGCUGUCCUGGGGAAACUACCUGAAAACGCCCUACGAAGGGAACAUCAUGAACGAGUGUCUGGAGGACGGGUUUUACACCAUCCGCUACAGGGAGAGAAACAGGAAGUGGAUUUACCAGACCUGCCCGACCAGCGACACGGUCAUCGACAACCUGAAACCCAAUACGCCGUACGAGUUCGGUGUGCGAUCGAACAAGGACGACCGCAGUGGCACGUGGAGCAAACCGGUCAUCCACAACACCAACAUGGGCAAUAAAAAUGCACAGAAGUACAAGCUGAGAAACUCUCUCAUCAAGCCGAUGAAACCUCAUGGACCUCACACUCUGGGUCCUGUUCAUCCAGCUCUGCACAACCGGACACAUCCUGAAUUUCCUUCACUCAAAAGCCCAGGUUUCCCCGGAGCUCCACGCACUUCCUUUGCGCCACCUGAGAGCCAGAAGGAAACUUUACCUCUUCCCGGCUCUGCUGAGCCUAAAUGGCCUCAUGUGUCACUCGACAAAGGAAACUCUGUUAAAAACGACACCAACCGUCCGGUGGAUCCUCCUCCUUCUGCCCUCCCCCGACUCCUGCCCACCAAAGCCCCUUCCGCCAACACCACAGCCUCCCCUGUUACUAAAUUACCCUCACAUGGUGACUCGCUUCAGGGGCAGACUGCUAAGGCACCCUCUAAUGCACCUGAGAAGCCUCAUAACCCUGCUGCUUUUGGCAAAUCACAGGAUGGAUCAUCGCUGCUGAGAACAGCUCUGGCCAAUGAGAGGGCUAAAACUAACAGCUGGGGUCAAGGGAGCAAAAGAAAUCCCAGCCCGUCGCUGCCUUUGCAGCCCUACAACCCGGCAGCUACCACGGUUAUCAGAUCCAUGAGGCCUGCAUCAAGAAUCCCCCCCUUUCCCUUCUCUAACGGCUUCAGACAGCCCCACUCUUCCUCUAGACCCAGUAACUCAUCCCCGACCUCCGGGAUACUCGGGGUAAAUGGACAGCCACGCCGGGGCAUGUCCCCGCCUAAACCAGCCUUAUGGUCCAGACCUCGACUGGUCAACAACUCACUGCUGGAGGACAAGAAGUCUGAGUUCCCCGAUGUGUUUGGUCGUGCGGGUCCCACCGUGGAAGAGCGGUUCUAUGGAUCCCCGGCUCACCCAACGAUCAACAAGAGGCCCAACAUGGUGGGAAAACCCGGAGAAACAGUGAAGGUGAGCAGCUUUAAGCAGACAGACAAGCUGCCAGUCCACAAACACAAUGUCCCACCAGCAACCGCCAAGCCAACCAAACAGGAGCGGAGACAGACCACAACUGUUCCACCCACAACAGCUGCGACCCGACAGGAAACCUGGGAGGACUCAGACCUGUUCAAAUCACAGCCAACCUCUGAUGUCGACGCCAUGGGCAAGAAACGCUACGUGGCGCCUCACGUCAUCUACCAAACAGGAAAGAAACCGGACGAGCCUUGCUCCAUCACCUCCUCCCUCAACUACUUUCCUGAAGACGAACCAGGCGAAACAAACGUGACAGCUCCACCCAAGAGCCCGCCCUCCAACCUCACUGUAGUAACGGUGGAGGGAUGCCCGUCCUUCAUCAUCCUGGACUGGGAGAAAACUGACAAUGUCACCACAGAGUAUGAAGUCAUCUCCACCGCUAAAGGACCUGAUGGCGAGCAGGUGUCCAUCCUGACCACCAACCAGACUCACACUACCGUGGAGAACCUCAAACCUGAGAGCAGUUACGAGUUCAAGGUGAAGCCAAAGAACGAGCUGGGUGCAGGUCCUCCCAGUGAACCGGUGUCCUUCAACACAGAGUCCGCGGAUCCUCGGGUCAGCGAGAACGUUUCAGGUAAAGACGCCAUCUGGACUCAGUUCCCCUUUAAGACGGACUCGUACUCUGACUGCCACGGUAAACAGUACGUGAAGAGGACCUGGUACCGCAAGUUUGUGGGCGUCCAGCUGUGUAACUCACUCAGGUACAAGAUCUACCUGAGCGACUCGCUCAACGGUAAAUUCUACAACAUCGGAGAUCAGACCGGCUUCGGCGAGGAUCACUGUCAGUUCGUCGAUUCCUUCCUGGAUGGAAGGACAGGCCGGCAGCUGAGAGCCGACCAGCUACUGUCCAGACCCGGUUUCUACAGAGCCGUGCGUCAGGAGCCCGUCCACUUUGGCCAGAUUGGAGGACACUCCCACGUCAACUACGUCUCAUGGUACGAGUGUGGAACGCCCAUCCCUGGCAAAUGGUAGAUGGACUCAACCCCUGAGUCGUCCUCAGAGAAGCCUGAAAGAGGAGUCGUCGCUGAGGCUGGGAUGGCGGCAACAAGAGGGGUCCUUAAAAUCUGCCGGACCUCCAGACUCCCUCAACUUACCCAGAGCUGUAAAAACAUGUACAGGACAUACUCGUCAGGGAAUUUGUAACGAGAGAGCAUUUUUAAAAAAUAUGUAACAGCAAACAGGCCUCGUGUUUACUAUUUAUCAAGCAACCAGGCUAAAGUGACACAGUGCAGGAAGAUACGUGGAGCUUCUCUCUGCAGUGUUGGGGGGUCGCAGACUCACGCUAGAUAUAUUUUAUUUUGUGUUAAAAUAGUGGGAAGCUGGCUCCCUGAAUAUUAUUUUCAUAACUUGUGAGAUGUUAUUUAUCAAAAGGUCUUUGGUUACAUUUCUUGAGGAGGGCCACGGGCAAGAGGUCGCAGGGUUCUUUGGUGUGCGAUGCUUCUGCUGUUCCUCUGGUGUCGACUUUUCACUUCAGCUUUUUCCUGAUGAUGUGCAUUAAAAUGCAGAAGGUUUGAAAAGACGUGGGAACAGAGGCCGUCCUCCUUCACACUCGCCUGUAACCGUCUUUAACUGGUGGCUCAGAACAGCCUGAAACAACCACAGCUGGAGCAACGGCUCAGGGUAGACAGCAGAAUGAGUGAGGAAGUUGCUGGAUUUGUUUUCUGCCUCAUGAACCUGCUCCAGCUACGUUACAGUUAAACCAAUCCAAAAUGGAUUUACCAGUCAGAGGGCCAGAAAUGUACAAUGAUGUGGAUGAAUCUCUGCUGUGUCUUUCAUUAUUGAUUCAUCUGCUGAAUAUUUAGUUGAUUAAUCAUCAAUCAAACAUCAGAAAAUAGUGAAAAAUGUCCCAGAGCCCAACACGUUGUCCUCUGUCUCUUUUUGUCCAGUACCAGAAAGAUCCAGUUUACUAUCAAGUAAAUCUCCUUAUCUCAUUUUAAACUGAUGGUCUGAUCGAUACCAGCUGAGCUCAGACACGUUGCCUCCGCUGCCUUCAGGCCCACACGGGAAACUAGCUGAAGCUUCUCCACUUGCACUUGGCACAAUAGAAAUGUAUUUCUAUGUAUAUGGAGAGAAUGUAUUUUACAGAUGCAUUUCCCUCACCACGGCCUUUCUUACUGUACUAUAAUGUGCUCUUCUUCUUCUUCUCGUCUGAAACAGGGCGGGAAAUAAACUC